AUGGCACAGGAUGAGAAGGUUGAAAAAAGGCCAAAGUCCUUUGAGGCCCUCACUCCAGAACUAUCCACAUGGAUCCUGGACUUCACAAAAGGCAUGGGAUUCGCCCGCACAACGCCAGUCCAGGCCAUGGCCAUUCCACUCUUGAUGGGCAACAAAGAUCUUGUCGUCGAAGCUGUCACUGGAAGCGGAAAGACCUUGAGCUUUCUCAUACCACUUGUAGAGCGCAUCCUGAAAGCUGAGGAUCCGAACAAGAAAGGCUAUGUACGGUCGAUCGUGGUUGCGCCGACGAAAGAAUUGGCCAGUCAGAUCUAUCAUGUACUCGCUGGAUUAUUGGACUUUCAUGCGCCAUCAGCUGCUAUGAUGAAGCAAAGCAAUAAGCCUGAAGAGGACAGCGAAGACGAAGAUAUGGACGAUGCGGACAUUGAAGAAGUACCACCCGGACCUUAUGUGAUACCGCAGCUGCUCGUUGGUGGCAGAACGAAGCCUUCGGAAGAUCUGGCCACCUUCUCAACUCUGAACCCAAACAUCCUCAUAGGCACACCGAAGCGACUGGUCGAGGUGCUUCAUUCAUCAAAAGUCGUGCUGAAGAGACACUGGUUCGACCUGCUGGUGCUGGACGAAGCAGAUCGACUGCUUGACCCUAAUUUCCAACCAGAUUUGCAGAAGAUUUUGGAACUUGUGCCUAAGGAGCGUCGAACAGGUUUGUUCAGCGCUUCAAUUUCGGAAGCAGUGGAUGAGCUUGUUCGAGUCGGCAUGAGAUAUCCCUUCAAAAUCAGCGCCAAAGUUCGUAGUAAGUCUGGAGCACUGGACAAACGCACACCGGAAAGUCUGAAGUUGUACCACCUCGUCACCAAGCCGACAUUGAAACUACCACACUUGAAGAAUAUUCUCGAGAGGGCGCAAGCGGAGAAGACGAUUGUGUAUGUCUCGACGAGAGCUGGUGUCGAUUACUGGAACCACGUCCUACCUGCGGUCUUAGGCGUAUCGGUCUAUCCUCUCCACGGCGAUCACAAAUCUGCAAUCCGCACCAAGAACUUACAAAGAUUUCGCGACUCAACCACUCCUGCUAUUCUUCUCACAACAGACGUGCUAGCUCGCGGCAUCGACAUACCAGACAUCGACCUAGUUAUCCAACUCGACCCACCCAAGCAACCCAAGGACUUUAUCCAUCGCUGCGGCCGGACUGGUCGUGCAGGGAAACGUGGCAUGGCUAUCACAUUUCUCAGCGAAGGUGCCGAAGAGGACUACAUCCGAUACUUGAGCCUGCAAGGCACACUUCUAGAACCCUACCCAGAUCCCCUCACCAUACCCCCAGAAACCGCCGAAGAAACAAUCUUCAAAAUCCGAACCCUCCUAACAUCAAAACGCGAACUUCACGACCGCUCCCAAAAAGCCUUCGUCUCCUGGCUCCAAGCCUACACAAAAACCCUCCCAACCGACAUAUUCUCCAUCCGCAAACUCAACUGGCCCGAAACCGCAAAAUCUUGGGCUCUCCUCCGCUGGCCCAAAAUGCCAGAACUCAAACGGAAGCCAAGCGUUUAG